UCAUCCGCUCGCUCCGGCCGUUACCCAAGCACACAUCAGCUAAGCUCAGCGCACUGCCCCCUCCAUCCUAGGAAGGCGGGCAGCUGGUCGGUCGUGGGGGCGGCAAUGGUGGACGUGGACCGCCGGAUGGCCGGCCUGACCCCGGCGGCGCACGCGGCGGGGCUGAGGCGCCUGUCCACGCGCGCCGCGGCGGGGGCCUCGUCGGCGGCGGCCUCCCCGCGGCACGGCUUGCACUCCUUCGCCCCGCUCGCGGCCGCGGUGCUGGCGCACCUCCGGGCGUCCGGGGUGGCCGUGCUCCCGGGGCUCACGGAGCUCGAGCUGGCGCGCGCCGAGGCCGAGCUGGGGUUCGCGUUCCCGCCCGACCUCCGCGCGGUGCUCGCCGCGGGGCUCCCCUCGGGGCCCGGGUUCCCGGACUGGCGCACCCGCGCGGGGCUCCGGUCCGCCUUCGACCUGCCCAUCGCCGCGGCGUCGCUGCAGAUCGCGCGCGGCGCGCUGUGGCCGCGCUGCUGGGGCCCCCGCCCCGCCGACCCGGACCGCGCGCUGCGGCUGGCGCGCUCCGCCAUCCGCCGCGCGCCGCUGCUCGUGCCGCUCUUCGACCGCUGCUUCCUGCCCUGCCGUCCCUGCCUGGCGGGCAACCCGGUGUUCUUCGUCACCGACGACCGCGUCCUCUGCUGCGGCCUCGACGUGCUCCACUUCUUCACCAGGGACACCUGCUUCCAGCCGCUGGACCCGCGGGCGCCGCCGUCGUCGGUGGCGCAGCACGGCGAGGCCGCCGCCGCGACGCCGUGCACGCGCCGCAGCCUCGAUGCGGCCUGCGGCGGCGCGGCCCCGCGCUGGAUCGAGUUCUGGAGCGACGCGGCGUCCGACCGCCGCCGCCGCGACUCGUCCUCCUCGGAGGCCUCCACCGCGUCGUCGCUGUCCUCCGGGUGCGCGUCGCCGCCGCCGCCGGUGGCGGCCAGGCGGUCGAGGACCCCGCACUGGGUGGACGCCUACCUGGACCGGCUCGGCUCCGUGCUGCGGCAGGGCGGGUGGAGGGACACGGAGGUGACGGAGAUGGUCGAGGUGGCGGCCGCCGGGGUGUUCGACGGCGAGGAGGGGGCGGCGCCCCCCGCGGCCGACCCCGACGCGGUGCUCGACGCGCUGCUGCUCAAAGCCGACCGGUGCUCCGACUCGCUCCGGCGCGCCGGGUGGAGCUCCGAGGACGUCUCGGACGCGCUCGGGCUCGACCUCCGGCGGUGCAAGGAGCGGCCGCGGCCCGCCGUGCGGAUACCGCCGGAGAUCGCCGUCAAGGUUGAGCGGCUCGCGCAGUCGGUGGCGCGCCGCUGACCGACCUCGUCGGGGAGGCACGGGCACUUGCCUCCGGCGGCCGGCAGCCAUUUCUCUUUCCUCUAGGGAAAAAAGUUGCUCUUUUUUUAUUGACUUUUUCGCUAUACAAGGAAAGAAUACUUGUACUUUAAUCGAGUAGUAAAAACUGUACGAAAAAGUUAACCCCAUGAUCAUGUCCACGCGAAGGUGUAAUUAAAUGCUUGGAAGUGAGUAGUACUAACGGCUACAUUUGACGGCGCAAGCCAUUUCUCCCCCCUCUUCCAUGGCUGAUGGGCCUCGCUGAUACUGAAUCAAUCUGAAGGCUUAUCAGAAAGAGGAAGCAACGAUGCUGAAAGAUCGCCGUGAUUUGCAAGAGUUUUACAGAAAAGUGUCGGGUUUCAACAAGGACAUGGAAAAAGCCCUGCGUUUGGGAGCACACGGUAGAGGCGGAGCCACGGUAGUAGUGGUUUCGUUUUUUUUUCCUUCAAAUCUUUUGAUAAGGAGACGGUACUUUCUGUCCAUUCUUUGGGUGUCAAGGCGGAUGCCGGUGUCUGCCGCCAAUCUAGAUCUCAUCUGCGGAGCCGAGUCACUUCCAGCAGCAAACACGGUCAUCAGAUUCCAGGCAGCCGCUGCCGUACCGGUAUAGUUUUGCGCCAGGGAGGGGGAUCUUCCGUGCGAGAUCUAGCACACUACUUCGAUGACCAAGUCUCUGAUCUCGUGUUCUUUUCAGUUCAGAGUUUAUUCAC